UCUGUGGAAACGAAAAUAAAAACAGACAUCGUAGAGCCAGAAUCUGUUUGCUUGUGCGAUAUAAAUACAUUUUUCUGAUUUUUGUUACUCUUUAAAUAAAGAAAUGGGUGAACGGCAUAAGAUUGAUCCACGUGCUUAUACCGAUUACUUGCAAUCGGUAGUCAAAUUAGAUGCCUUAGAACAAAUGACCCAGGACUUAGAUCGAGAACUUGCGGAUUCACAAAGGAUCAUGAUGGAAAUAAAAACUAUGUACAGUUCCGUAUCUACAGCUCCUGUGAACAGACCAGUCGUUCCAGCAGCGCAAGCUCCUAAUAAUGUAAUGCGUCAUGAAGAUAUCUCGAAGAUCCUAGAAGCCGGUGAACCCAAAUUGCUGAUGCCGGAUAUGGCAUCAGCAGUUUGGGCCGAAGACUCCAUGGACGUUGACAUCGAUGAUGUCAUUGCGACUAUGAAAACUUACGCCGAAGAUCUGAAAAAGAAUUUAACUUUACCAGAGCCUAUGCCCAAACCAAAAGAAAUGGUAAACUUAGAUUUGGAUCAAUACGCACAGAGUUUGGAUCAACUUGGCAAACGUCUGGCAAAUAUUAAAUUGAACAAGAGAGAUGAUUUGAACAACCGGAACGUUGAACUUGAGGGCAAGCUGUCCCAGCUGUGUGAAGAUGUCAACAUGUUUACCAAGUUGGUCGAGGCUAAGUCUGCUCUGAGUGAAAGUAACAAGAAUUGGGUGGAGAGCAGGCCUGAUGGUAUUGCCAUGCAGUAUGACAACAUUGUCAAUAAACUGCUAUCUGGCAUCAAUGAGGUUACUUACCUGCUUCAGAACAAAAACUAAAUCACCUGAGCAUAGAGCACAUAAUUGGUGGAUCUCUGAAAACCUCUUGCUGUAAGAUCUUGUUUGUGGCAAUCUGAAUUGAAUGCAGAAUGUAGUAAGAUAAUUAUGUUAACCAUAAGUUAAAUUUUGUAUGUUAAUCUUUGUGAUAAUUAUGGGUACUGGAUACUCCUAUAAAGUUAUUCAGUGCCUGCAUAUUUGUGAUUAAUCAAUGGUUUUUUAUAGAAUAGGAAUGACACAUAAAGGAUCAAGUCCUUAGAUUAUGUGGUUUUGUAAUCUGGCAUUGUAUCAGCUCUCCAGUUUCAACUUGUUUUUACCAGAAUAUUUAUAAACACCUGUUAGUCAUAAUAAUAGUGGAUAGCCCAAUGUGUUCUCUCAUGUAAACUGAUAGUGUAGCUCUAAUCAAGCAUUGCUAAUGGAAACUAAACUCAACCAUCUCAAAAAGGAAAAUGUUGUAUAGUUUUGAAUUAUAUUGUUGUAAGGAAUUUCUUUAAUGAUGCAGGCAUCAAUUCCAUCUGAGUCUUAAAAUUAUGGCAUUAAAUAUAUAUGUACAAGUUACAUCCAGUGAAGUUUGAUUGCAUCUUAUUGUUCAGUAUGUAGAAGGUAUAUGUACAAAAGUCAAAGGGAAAAAUCCCUGCAUGUGAUGUAUUGGCUGAUUGCCCAUGUGUAACUAUUGUAGUCUAUCGAAGUAAUGUCUUAACUACAUUAUUACAAUAGAAAGGUCAGUAUUGUGUUUGUUUAAAUUUUAUUUAGAUUAUAUUUACAAUUGAUUUUUAUUGCAA